CAGCCCAUGAAGCAGACAUAGAUCUAGGAAAUGGAGUAGUCUGACAGAUUUAAGCCUCCAAGGGAGAAAACACACAGAGAGCACUAAAAGAUGGAUAGACAGAGGAUUCUACAGUGUGUCUGCUAUUGGAGUGAAAUGGGUCCAAGAUCUAAUUCUCAUCAUGGCAGCAGAAAACCCAGAGACAGACGGUCCCAGAUCCUUCAUGCCUGCUGAGCUCCAGCAUCCCCACUCUAAGUAUUCUCAGUGGAAAUUCAAGCUGUUUAGGGUGAAAUCUAUGGAGAAGGCACCUCUGCCGAGUGAGACACAGACCGAGAUAGGAGCUUCAUUAGGGAUCUCACCUCCUACCGCUCCAAAUAUAGAAGCAGAUCAUGGAGGGGGACUGGCGAGUGUUAUGAAAUUGUGCCUGGGGGGAAAAAGCAAAGAAAAUGUGGAAGGCGCUAGCAAGAGAAUUGAUAUGAAACUGCAGGAAAUGGACACCCACAUGAACCAUCUCAGGUGCCUGUGCCGCAUCUGUGGAAUGAUCCUGAGGAAGGUCAAAGGACCUGUGCAUGAUGUCCAUGGUGAUCUGGAUGAUGCAAGCAAGUGUGUGCUCCGCAAAAUGGGUUGCAAGUUUACUAGCUGGCCAGACAUCCUUCUGAAAGUAUUCAAGGUGGAUGUGACAGAGGACGCAGAAUCCAUUCACCCUCUUUCCUUCUGCCAUCGCUGCUGGCUUGCCGCCAUACGAGGAGGAGGGGUCUGCAGUUUCACUAGAACAAAAGUCCCAGAGUGGAAGCCCCACACCUCCCACUGCUAUGUGUGCUCCCCCAAAAAGUCAUCAUUUCAAAGGACUGGAAGAAAGAGGAGGAAGGUUGUUCCUAAAGUCCAGAGUUUGGCCAAAAGAGCCAGGUGGGACCACGGUGACACCAUUGCUGUUGGUGAGAAGAAAGCCCUUAGACCUUUUGGAGACCGCCACAAUCCUGUGCUGAGGGCCUGGAAAAAAAAUGGUAUCCAGAGAGAAAAGUGGGUAAAGAAUAUCACACACUGCCAAAAUGACCACCUGAACACCAAACUGAUUGCAGAGAAGCUCCCUACAGAUUUUAUCAUUUCUUUCACCUGCCUUGUGUGUGACCACCUGCUCUGUGAUCCAGUUCAGUCCCCCUGUGGGCAUCUCUUCUGCCGCAGCUGCAUUAUAAAAUUCACCCAUGUUCUGGGACCCCACUGCCCUUCAUGCAACCUUUCUUGUGCCCCCGAUGAUCUCAUCCCUCCUGCCAAAACCUUUUUAUCAACUCUGUACUCUCUGCCUCUGCUGUGUCCCUGUGAAGGUUGCGGUGAGCAUGUGCAGUUAGGCUUGUUCAAGGCCCACUGUCUAAACCAUGAGUUGGAGCCGGGUACAAACAAAUACUCAUCUCAGUUUCAAAGCUACCUGUUAACCAAUAAGGGAGGAAGACCCCGCCAGCACUUGCUCUCCUUAACCCGUCGUGCCCAGAAGCACCGACUGAAGGAUCUGAAGAACCAAGUGAAGGUGUUUGCAGACAAAGAAGAAGGGGGUGAUCUGAAGUCUGUGUGCUUGACACUGUUUCUGCUCGCUCUGAGAUCUGGGAAUGAACACCGGCAGGCAGAUGAGCUGGAGGCCAUGAUGCAAGGCAGAGGCUUUGGAUUGAGUCCUGCCGUGUGCCUGGCCAUUCGGGUCAACACUUUCCUGAGCUGCAGCCAGUAUCAUAAGAUGUAUCGGACAGUCAAAGCUACAAGUGGCCGCCAGAUCUUUCAGCCCUUGCACACCCUCAGAGCUGCAGAAAAGGAACUUCUUCCUGGCUUUCACCAGUUUGAAUGGCAGCCAGCUCUCAAAAACGUGUCCACAUCUUGUAAUAUUGGCAUCAUAAAUGGGCUGUCAGGUUGGACAUCUUCAUUAGACGACUCCCCAGCUGACACCAUCACCCGGCGCUUUCGCUAUGAUGUGGCACUUGUUGCAGCACUGAAAGACCUUGAGGAGGACAUCAUGGAGGGCCUGAGAGACACUGGAAUGGAAGAUAGCGCUUGCACCUUGGGCUUUAGAGUCAUGAUCAAGGAGUGCUGUGAUGGCAUGGGUGAUGUUAGCGAAAAGCAUGGUGGAGGACCAGCUGUUCCUGAGAAGGCUGUUCGCUUCUCUUUCACUGUUAUGUCUGUCUCCAUCCAGGCUGAAGAUGAACAGGAGGAGGUCACAAUUUUUACAGAGCCAAAGCCCAAUUCUGAACUAUCCUGUAAGCCCCUGUGCCUUAUGUUUGUGGAUGAGUCAGACCACGAGACUCUCACUGCUGUUUUGGGGCCCAUAGUUGCAGAGCGAAAUGCAAUGAAAGAGAGCAGGCUCAUUCUAUCUAUGGGUGGCAUGCCACGCUCCUUUCGCUUCCACUUCAGGGGCACAGGCUAUGAUGAGAAGAUGGUGCGUGAAAUGGAGGGCCUGGAAGCUUCAGGAUCUACAUAUAUCUGUACUUUGUGUGACUCCAGUCGAGCAGAGGCAUCUCGAAACAUGGUGCUACACUCCAUCACCCGCAGCCAUGAUGAGAAUCUGGAACGUUAUGAAAUAUGGAGAACCAACCCCUUUUCUGAGUCUGUAGAUGAGCUACGAGACAGAGUGAAAGGCGUUUCGGCCAAGCCCUUUCUGGAGACCCAGCCCACGCUAGAUGCAUUGCACUGCGACAUAGGCAAUGCCACUGAAUUCUACAAAAUCUUCCAGGAUGAAAUUGGAGAAGUGUAUAAAAACCCCAACCCCAGCAGAGAAGAUCGACGCAGCUGGAGGGCAGCCUUGGAUAAACAGCUGAGGAAGAAGAUGAAGCUUAAACCAGUGAUGAGGAUGAAUGGGAACUAUGCCCGAAGGUUAAUGACCAUGGAGGCUGCAGAGGUGGUUUGUGAAUUGGUGCCCUCAGAGGAGAGAAGAGAGGUCCUGAGGGAACUCAUGAGGCUCUACCUCCAGAUGAAACCUGUGUGGCGUGCCACCUGUCCAGCCAAGGAGUGCCCUGACCAGCUGUGCCGCUACAGUUUUAACUCCCAGCGCUUUGCCGACCUGCUCUCUGCUACCUUCAAGUACAGGUACAAUGGAAAAAUAACAAAUUACCUGCACAAGACCCUCGCCCAUGUGCCUGAAAUCAUAGAGAGAGAUGGAUCUAUUGGAGCCUGGGCCAGCGAGGGGAACGAGUCGGCAAACAAACUGUUCAGACGUUUCAGGAAGAUGAAUGCACGUCAGUCCAAGGCCUUUGAACUAGAAGAUGUGCUAAAACACCACUGGCUCUACACUUCUAAGUACUUGCAGAAGUUUAUGGAGGCUCACAAAGACUCUGCUAAAGCUUUCCAGGCAACAAUAGAUCCAGAGGAAAUCCAGGAUGAUGAAGAUUUGACUCCAGAAAUUGUCGGGUUUUGAUUUCUCUUAGUUCUAUCUCCAUGAUUGAUUUAUUUUAAGAGAGUCAGUAAUCUACCAAUUACCUCGAUGUUUAUGUUUUCUCACUUUAAAUGCGUAUUGAUAUUCCAAGCAUAACAGAAAUGGAGUAGGUUUAUAUGUCCUUUAAGAAUGCUUUGUACAUAUUUUGGUAUUUGAUUAAAUUUUUUAGAUUAGACUGUUUUUGUGAUUGUAAGAGUCGUUGACAUCUUUUGUUAGAUGAAACAAGACAUUUUCUUGAGGAAACAACAUUUUGCACUUAAAACGAUCAGUACUUCUGAAUUCUUUGCUUCCCCCCCACUUUUUUUAAAAAAAAAUCUUUGCUGUCUGUGAAAUAUGAUGCAUUUUAUUGUAUUGCAAGGAUAUGACACAUUUAUGAAUUUAUACAGGGGGAUAUUUAUGGAAGCAGAUGAAAGAGCUGUAAGUCAUGGACUAAAAUUGUGUUAAAAAAGACCACAUUUGUGGCUACUGUAUUAAUAUAUCAUUUUAGCCGAAGGAAAAUGCAAUCACAGGGCCCUAAAUGUUUUUUGUUUCAUGAGUGCCCUCUGAAAAAGAUGACUUUAGUGCUUUAUUGUAGGGUCCCCACGGACCAGAAUAGAUGCUGGGUCACUUUGAAGCAAUUUUUUAUCUCUUUUAGGCUUUGCACAGCAGAGGAUAGAUGAUAGUUAUUCGAAUUCUUCUCAUAAAAUGAAGCAUAUACUGACCUUUUUGUUGAUAUUAUAAGAAUAUAGUGUGGUCCAUUGGAGAGCCUAAUACCCCAUGGACUCUCCAGCAAGCAGGGAUUUUUCUUCACUUUUGUUUAUGACCCCGUUCUUUUUCUCCUUCAGUAUUUCUUCACUGUCACUGUUGACAGAGAAGCGAGAUGGGCAGGACCAGAAAGUCUAAUUUGUUGGCAACUUUAUUUGUUUGAUUGAUUGAUUAUAUUGUCUUUUUCUGCACACGGUAUUUUGAACUGUGACAGGUAAUUUUCUUUUUCUUUCUUGAUUGAAUGUUUGAUUUUGUUUUACUGCCAUAUGUUUUACUAUACAAAUGCAAUAAAAUAUUCACAUUUCAUCGGAAAGAUGUCAGAGCUCUACAAAAACAUCAUUUUUUAGAAAGCAUUACACUGAGAAUUGCUGCAUGUAUGUUUUUGCAAUAAUGAAUUGCAUUUCCAAAGUAAUGGAUGAUGGAUGAUUCACCAAAUUUCACUUGUUCUGUUUUGACAUAUUUUUCUUCAUUUUGCGCUUUCUGCCCUACACUAAACAUACACUCAGGUGAACUAUGAAUAUUUUUCUCUGGUGAUCUUCAAGAGAAUCAAAAUAUUACACUACAGCUGUGCUGUUUUGUUCAGAUUUUUCUGUACCGUCACUCAGACUCAUAAGCAGUGUCUUACUGAAAAGCUGUUUUUGUGCACAAUGGAGAUUGUUUUUUUUCCCAAGAUAAAUAAAUAAAGAAAAUACUUGACCUCA